AUGUCCGUGUGUCCUCAUGUCCACGUGGCCGAUGUCCCCAUGUCCCUGUGUCCCUAUGUCUGCGUGUCCCUCCCCAAUUUCUUCCUGAAGAUCCCGGACUACGCCCUGUACGCCCCCGACGUGGAGUUCCAGUGCCAGCACCUGCACCUGCACACGCGGUGGGUGGAGAUGCUGGAGCGCAAGUACGGCGGCUAUUUCCGCUCGCGGCGCGCGGCGCGCACCAUCCAGGCGGCGUUCCGGCGCUACCGCAUGGCGCAGAAGUUCGAGCGGCUGCGCAGCGAGGGCGGCCGGGCGCGACGCCUGGCGCUGCCGGGGCUGCGCCUGCAGUUCUCCUUCGAGGACCCCCCGGCGCCGCCGGAGCCCCCGGCAAGGCCACGUACCAGCGGGAGCCGCGGCAGAGCUGGGACUCGCCGGCGCUCAACAACGACGUGGUGCAGCGGCCCGCCCACCGCCCCCCCGCAGCCCCCCGGCGCCGCCGGAGCCCCCGGCAAGGCCACGUACCAGCGGGAGCCGCGGCAGAGCUGGGACUCGCCGGCGCUCAACAACGACGUGGUGCAGCGGCGCCAGUACCGCAUCGGCCUCAACCUCUUCAACAAGAAGCCGGAGAAGGGGAUCCAGUACCUGAUCGAGAGGGGGUUCCUGUCCGACACCCCCGUGGGCGUCGCCCACUUCAUCCUGGAGCGGAAGGGCCUGAGCCGGCAGAUGAUCGGCGAGUUCCUGGGCAACCGCCAGAAGCAGUUCAACCGCGACGUCCUCGACUGCGUGGUGGACGAGAUGGAUUUCUCCGGGAUGGAGCUGGACGAGGCCCUGCGGAAGUUCCAGUCGCACAUCCGCGUGCAGGGGGAGGCGCAGAAGGUCGAGCGCUUGAUCGAGGCCUUCAGCCAGCGCUACUGCGUGUGUAACGCGGCCCUGCUGCGCCAGUUCCGCAACCCGGACACCAUCUUCAUCCUGGCCUUCGCCAUCAUCCUCCUCAACACCGACAUGUACAGCCCCAGCGUCAAGGCCGAGCGCAAGAUGAAGCUCGAGGACUUCAUCAAGAACCUGCGAGGGGUGGACAACGGCGAGGACAUCCCCCGGGACAUGCUGGUGGGCAUCUACCAGCGCAUCCAGAGCCGCGAGCUGCGCACCAACGACGACCACGUGUCCCAGGUCCAGGCCGUGGAGCGCAUGAUCGUCGGCAAGAAACCGGUGCUGUCCCUGCCCCACCGGCGCCUGGUCUGCUGCUGCCAGCUCUACGAGGUGCCCGACCCCAACCGGCCCCAGCGCCUGGGGCUGCACCAGCGCGAGGUUUUCCUCUUCAACGACCUCCUGGUGGUGACGAAGAUCUUCCAGAAGAAGAAGAUCCUGGUGACCUACAGCUUCCGGCAGAGCUUCCCGCUGGUGGAGAUGCACAUGCAGCUCUUCCAGAACGCCUAUUACCAGUUCGGGAUCAAGCUGAGUCGGAGCUGGAGAAGCAGAAGGGCGUGGCGGGGCCGCGGGGCGCGGGGCACAGGGAGGCACUGGGUGUCACUGGGUGUCACUGGGUGUCACUGGGCGUUACUGGGUGUUACUGGGGGGGGUCACUGGUGUCACUGGUGUCACUGGUGUCCCCCAGCGGAGCUGGAGAAGCAGAAGGGCGUGGCGGGGCCGCGGGGCGCGGGGCCCCCCCGCGAGGCGCUGAACGGGCUCAGCCGCAGCAGCCUGGAGGACGCGUUCGGCGCCGAGGGGCUCAAACGGAGCGCGCUGAGCAGCUCCCUGCGGGACCUGUCCGACAGCGGCAAGCGGGGCCGGCGGAACAGCGUGGGGUCCCUGGACAGCACCAUCGAGGUGAGGGGACAGUGCCACCCCUGAAUGUCACACCCCUGAGUGUCACACCCCUGAGUGUCACACCUGAAUGUCACACCCCUGAGUGCCACCCCCGAGUGCCACCCCCGAGUG